AGUGAGACGUUUUUCCUGGCAAAUAGUUCGUAGAGUUCAAGUCUGGGGACCUGUAUGGCUUGGGGGGCUUGUAAGUCCAGGUUUGAGGAGUAAGUGGACAUGUCGAGCCGAGCGCUCCGAAGGCUGAAGGGGAAGCAGCGUGGUCAGGAGCCACUACAGUUGCAGGACCUGGAAUUGGAUAACGAGGAAGAAGAAGAAGAAGAAGAAGAAGAUGAUGAUGAUGAUGAAGGUUCUGGAGUGCAGUUGGAUGCUGGGUUUAAAGGACCUAGCGAAAAAUGUGGCAGGAAGAAAGAAAAAAUGGGCAAUACGCAAAAAAUCAACAACCUUUUUGAACUGAUACAAGACAUAGACAAUGAAAUAGAAAAUAACUGCGAAAAUAUUGCCAAAGAAGAAAGAAAUGGUGUUAAUUCAGUCUUUCAAGAUGACCAACAGAAAGAUGCUGAUGGAGAAACUGAGACAACCUUGGAAGCAAGGCAUGGUAAUCAGGCAAAGCAAAAUACUAAAUCUAACAAGAAGAAAAGGAAAAAAAACAAGAAACCUGUAACAUCUGAAAUUAAGGAAGAAGAGAGUGCUAUUAAGACUGAAAACAUGUUGAAAAUCACUGAAGACAAAAAUAAGUCACUGUCUCAGAAAGAACGGCCAAACAACCAAGACAGCAGGCCGUUGUUAUAUGUUGAACACAGAAACUUGAAUCCAGAUACAGAAUUAAAAAGAUAUUUUGGAGCUCGAGCAGUUUUAGGUGAUCAAAGAUCUCGGCAAAGACAGCGUCAGUAUUACCGUAGCACCUGGAUAACAACUUUCAAAAAUACAUGGCCACGAUACAGUAAACCGGGGAUUUCUAUGAAGCUGCUUGAGACAAAAGAUGGAGUGCAUUACUUUACUUUUGAACAUAACAGGGAAUAUCAGCAAGCUCAGUUUAAAUUCCUAGAUGCUGUGGAAUCUAUGGAUCCUAAUAAUAUUGUGGUUCUGUUGCAAACAAAUCCUUACCACAUUGAUUCCUUGAUUCAGCUGUCAGAUGUUUGCCGCGUCCAGGAAGAUCAAGAAAUGGCUAAAGAUUUAAUUGAAAGAGCUUUGUACAGUUUUGAAUGUGCAUUCCACCCAGUUUUCAGUCUGACUUCAGGAGUGUGCCGACUAGACUAUCUUCGCCCAGAAAACAGGGCCUUUUAUUUAACCCUUUACAAGCAUAUGAUGUUUUUGGAAAGAAGGGGAUGUCCAAGAACAGCACUUGAAUUUUGUAAGCUAAUUUUAAGUCUUGAUCCCAGCAAUGACCCACUGUGCAUGCUCCUGAUCAUUGACUUCCUGUCAUUGCGCUCGAGGGAGUAUUUGUUUCUAACUCGGAUCUAUGAAGAGUGGGAGAUUCAUCGAAACCUUUCACAACUUCCAAAUUUUGCGUUUUCUGUUGCACUGUGUUACUACUUGCUUAGUCAACAAGAUAAUCUAUCAACAGAAGAAAUUACACAAUUACAAGCAAAAUCAGAUUCAAUGCUGCAGACUGCAUUAGUUAUGUUCCCAAGUGUUCUGAUGCCUCUUCUGGAUUUAUGUUCUAUACAACCUGAUGCAGCAGUUUCUUCUCAUGAGUUCUUUGGAAACAAAGCUCAGAUUGGCCAGCCUCCAGCUCUAAAUGAGCUGGUCUCUCUCUAUGUUGGGCGCUGCCAUUUUAUGUGGAAGAAUGCUACUGUUAUGGUGUGGCUUGAGAAGAAUGUCAAGGAUGUCUUAUCUCGUGUGGAUCUUGGUGACCCUGUAGUUGAAGAUGCAGAAAUAAAGAGGAAGAUGAGAUAUCAAAGUGCUCCACGCAGCAUACAUCGACAUGUAGUUUUGUCAGAGAUAAAAGAGGCCAUGGCUGCUCUGCCUGUGGAGGUGACAACUCAGGCCAUGAUGGGAUUUGAUCCUUUACCCCCCUUAAAUUCAAUAACAUCUUAUAGUCGACCUGAAAGAUCCAGUAGAUCAUCAUCUGGUGAACGAACUUUGUCGCUUUUUUUCCGAUCUCUACUUCCAAACUUUAACCUGCAGGGAGGUGCUCGACAGGAAGAAGGCUUAGAAGUUGCCCGUGCUGGACGGGAGCUAAAUCAGGAAGUGAACCGGCUGAUGAUGGCCAUGAGGGAGAUGUUGGCGAAUAUACAAUUUCAGGAGCCACCUCGUGAAGACAACCCAGAGCGGGAUGAAGAGGAGUGGGACUAAGAGAUAAUCGUUUGAACCACUGUGCUAGUAUUCAGAAAGAGUGGAAUAACUGAGAGCAUGAAUUUACAUCCGCUUUAAAUUUCUUAUAUUUUACAGCACACCUGUACUGAUUACUGUGUUAUGUUUGUCUAUUUAAUGAUCAAUUGAAAUAAACAGAGGAUUUAACUCUUGUAUCAAUAUGCAUUGACACCUUUGAUCAAGAUGUGGCUUAAAACAAAUACAAUAUAAAAUGAACUAUUUUUUUCAUUUCUGUUAUCUUUCUUGACUGAUAUAUUAAUGACGAAAGAAAAGGGAAGACUGAAGAUACUAUAUAAUAAUGUUUUAGUGAAUUAAAUCUUUUUAACCUGUUAAGAAAAGCAAAUCAUUUAACCAGAAAUAUAUAAAAAUGUUUAUUUGAAAAGCUAAAGGAUCUAGCUUAAUUUUUGAAGGAUAUAGUGUUGCUCAAAAUACUAUUUUCACGUUAACAAUUUGCCUUUAAUGAUUUUACUCAUUCCAAUACAGAUGUACAGAGAGUUGGAGACUAUCCUAGCAGCAAAAAACAACACUAAUAACUCUUGUCAUGAUGUACGAGCUGUAAUUUGCUAUCCUGCUUGGUAAAGGGGACGUUGGCCAGAAGAUAAAACUAGAAGAUCAUGAAAGCGUUUCAUA